AUGUCAUCAUCAUAUCAAAAAAUCAAAUCACCCAUCAAAUCUUCUGCUUCUUCUUCAACUUCUUAUUUAAACUUUCAAGAAGAUCAAGAAUUUAAAAAAGUUCAAAAACAUUUAGAAAGUUUAGGAUUACGUGAAUCGAUCAGAAGGAAAUCUAUUAGAAACCAUUCAUCAAACUUACAACCUCAAAUCAACUUACUAGAUCUGAAAUCAAUCUUUACUAAAAGAACAUCCACCAGACCUUCAAUCCCAUCAGAUCAUCACCAUCCCCCUCGAAACCAAUUAGUUCAAUCACCUAUCCCCAUCGAAUCAGAACCAGAACCAGAUCAACAAACCAAAGCAAGUUCUUCACUUGGCAUCGAAUUCACAGACCAAGAGAUCUUAACCCGAUCCGAACGAGUCCAAAGCGCAUUCAUCGAACAUUGUCAAUGGACCACCCCUUCCCAAGCCCACCCACCCUGCACAACCAAGCCGAAGCCAAGCACAAGUUUGUUAAGUAAAGUAACAGAAGAAUCAAACGAAGUAGAAUUCAACCGAGAUUUAAAGAUAAAGUUAGACUGGAAGAUUUCCAGUACGAAGCAUCACAGAACAUCAAGUUCAACAGAUACGAUCUUAGCAGCUGCGUCAUCCAAGUAUUACCCCGAACCGAUCUUACCUGAUGAUCAAAGUAAAUCAAGUAAAUAUUUUUCGGGAAAUUCGUUAGAUACCUUGGUUUCGAAUACCAACCAAUCUGUUUCAUCAUCCAAAACCUCUCGAUCUUCAUUUCAACAACCUUUACUGAACCCACAAAUGAAGUAUAAACCUUUUGAAAAGACUUCUUACCAAACUGAUCAUCGGUUCGAUGAUUUACACGAGUUUGAUGAGUUUGAUGAAGAUCCAGAAGACGAUGAUCAUGUUCAGUAUCCUACUAUGAAUUUAAAUCGGUCAGGAACUUCUCAUUCUAAUAAUCAGAUUAGAAAGAUUUCUUUCUUUGAUUGGAUUCUCUGUAGUUGUUGUAUUUCGGAUGAAGAUUUAAAUGAUCAGUUUGAUCAGAUUGGUAAAACUUGUCCAGAGUGA